CUGCAACUGUAACCUAUUGUAACCUACAACAAAAAAUUUGGACAUUUUCAAUAGCUUUAUUAGGAACAAAUUCUGAAAUUGUAAAAUGAAAUUUAGGUGUGUGUUAAAUAAGGCAGUAAAAUUAUUAGGUUGUUAGUUUUAAGAGGCAUUUGGCAAAAUGAUCUACGGUAUAAUUUUGAUCAGCCAGUAAAGGACCACCAAAAAUGUGAAAAAUCGAGUUCAGCGAAUAAUAUCAAAAUGUUACUCCAAACGAUGCUGUAUUUGCGGUCUUUAAAAUCUCUAUUUCAAAAUGAUAGCAGCCCCCGGAAAACGAUAAAUUGCAUCUUUUGGUUGUGUUGUCUGUUAACAUUAAUAUAUUUCUACUUCAAGAAGAGUUUGGAGCUGGUUCUCCGACGUGGAAAAAUUCGUGCAUUGAAACAUUCCCAAACCAUUCACCAUGCGUGGAACAUCUGCUUCUAUGCUGCGGCGACAGUAUUCCUAGGUCUGUACCAUAAGCUGUUGAUAAGGCCGGAAAUUGCAAGUCAAAGCAGCCGCUACUUCCCACAAUACAACAACACAAUCUUCCUAGCUGCCUGUGAUAUGGCCAAGUUCGAGAUUGUAACGAUGGUCCUGGUUGCUUUCGACGUUAUUGGCACUCUUGUACGCGUUCGUAAUUAUGAUUUUUCCGAAGCAAUCUCUAAGAGUGUCUACGCCGCUCUGCUGCUUUGUUGUUACAUGCUGCGACUGGAAAAUUACAGCAUUCUCCUGAACCUUUAUCUCGGUCUGUUUAAUAUGUUUCAAGAGACGCUACUAUUACUUUCGCUUCAUACGAGCGAAACACGUGAUACUACAUUAAGGUUGUAUGUGAUACUAACAUUUAGUUCAUGGUCGUACCUUUUUCUUAAUAUUUUGCCUUUUGAGUUCCUCAUUCCUACAUUAUACACAGACAAUAAAGAUCUUCAUUUGUACUUAAAUAUUCUAUUUUGGCUGUGGUACUGUUCAUGCGUUUGGAAUUCGCCAAUCUUAAAAUACUUGUACCACAAAAUUUAUCAUCUUCAUCCUUAUGAUUGCAUUGGUGGAGAGUCAGCUAUGCGGUGCAUUCUGCUGAACGACACUAGACGCUUCCGGCACUAUCGGAAUCUCGAACGCGCCUAUUUGGAGCUUAAGCUUUUCCACGAUAAAUCGAAAAUAUCCGGAGUUAAACAUGGCGAUAGCGAAACUGCAUCUGUGAAGGCUUUUCAAACUUUGAAAUGCGUCCUAGCGUUGAAGCGCAAAUUGAAACGAAUGCGGGAGAACCGUGAUCAACUCUCAAUCGAGUGAACGAUUGAAAUAGCGAGCACAAAUUAUGACCACAAACGAGUACAUAAGGAUUUACACCAAUAACCUCAACGAAAGCUUAAAUUAUGAAUAAUAAACGUGUCCUAGUUCACGUCUCUUUGUUCCAUCUUUUUUUUAGAGGCUGAGAAAAUAAAACUAGGUAAUCCAUGUUUUUCUUCUUUA